AUGAGAGAGGAAAGAGAGGCAGACCUAGCUAACGAAUCACCAUUUUUCGACUUCCAGACCAGACUUACAAAGACAAGAAAGCACAGAGGCCAUGUCAGUGCCGGUCACGGUCGUGUAGGAAAGCACAGGAAGCAUCCCGGUGGUCGUGGUCUUGCUGGUGGUCAACAUCACCACCGAACCAACAUGGACAAGUACCAUCCCGGUUACUUCGGUAAAGUCGGUAUGCGAUACUUCCACAAGCUACAGAACCAGUUCUGGAGACCGGUUCUGAAUCUCGACAAACUGUGGACAUUGAUCCCCGCCGAAUCGAGGGAGAAGUACUUGAGCGCUGGAAAGACCGACACCGCUCCAGUUAUUGAUCUACUGGCAAACGGAUACUCCAAGCUUUUGGGCAAGGGAAGACUACCGGAGGUCCCGGUCAUUGUCAAGGCUAGAUUCGUCUCUAAGCUAGCUGAGAAGAAGAUCAAGGAGGCUGGCGGUGCUGUCGAAUUAGUAGCCUAA